AGGGCUGCUCUGACUUUCGAAUGGUUCAGUCUCUAUGGCCUUCUUUCUAUCUUUUUCUCUAUGCUGUUUCUGAGACUCUUUCCUUCCCUCGUUCCUCUAACUUUCGCUCUCGUUCUCCCACAUUCACCCCCUCAACCUCUCCUCCUCAUCCUCCUCUUUCUCUCUCCAAUCCUCCCUCGUCCUUUCACCUAUAUUUAUCCAGUUUCUAUCAUCUUCCUCCUACUCUCUCUCUCUUCCCCCUUUUUCCUCCUUUACAUAUUUUUAUCUCUCAGUCUUUCUCCAACUCUUUCUCUUCCUCAGGACGAUGAGGUGGUAUACACGCCGUCGCUCUCGGACUGUCUGUCUAUCGCUGGCCGUUGCCUCCCUCUCUCUCCAUCUCCUCCUCACCGUCCUAUCCCGCUCCGUCUACCAGAACCACUGUGAUGCCCCCUCCCCUCGUCAGACACACCACCACACCCUCCGAGCCCUGGUGGAUACCAACUACACCUCCAGGAUGUCGGACAACCACACCAGCUAUUCCAAGAUAAUCCCGGACACCAGAAAAGUGGACUCUUCCCAUAUGGACAUCAAUGGCCCUCAUAAAAUGGCCGAAAAGGACGCUGUCACAACCAGAAUGGCCGUCAAGGUAGGUCAUGGACGUAAGGAGAAAGGGCCUGUAGACUCACUCAACAUGACGGUAAGGGUAGGAAAGUUUGGCUCGAUGGGGAUGAAGCCUAUGGGGUCCGGGAUGUCGAAAUUAGAGGCUCUUUUUAGCCACCCGCUCUACAACAUGCCAACCCCGCCCAUCCAUGAAGAUGAUUGGCUGCUGAAGGUGAAGCCCAAAGGGAAGGCGCGCGAGACGAGCACACAGAUGUGGGUGAGUGACAGUGACAUUGGCGAUGACUCAGCCCAUUGGAACAGGAGCAGUGACAGCCACCCCCCCUGGCUGAGGUUCCAUCUUGGUAUCUCCCGUUGGCAGCUCUACCCCCACCUGGACCCCAACAUGGCAUCUCUUGCUCAGCAGCUCAGCACACACCGUAUCGUCAGCGCAGUGCAGAAGUCUGGAGGGACACAGCUCAAGCUGGUGAUGUCAUUUCCUAACUACGGACAGGCCAUGCUCAAACCAAUGAAACAAGAGCGUGAUGAGGAGACCAACUUCAACCUCUACUACUUCUCUGACUUUGAGAGACACAACGCAGAGAUCGCUGCUUUUCACCUGGACAGGGUGUUGGGUUACAGGCGGAUCCCCCCAGCCGUAGGAAGGCUGAUUGACGUGGUAACAGAGAUCAAAGACAUCACCACUGACCACAAACUGGCCCGGACCUUCUUCACCUCUCCUGCUCUUGAAUUGCUGCCUCUCCUGAUGAUGAAGAGAAGAGUGCACUCAAACUCUCCUCUCCUCUCCCCCCUCCAUCCCCCUCUAUCUCCCCUAGUGAAUAAUGUGUGUUUCUAUGGCCAGUGUUCCUACUACUGCAGUACGGAGCACGCUGUGUGUGGUCGACCCCAGAACCUGGAGGCCUCCCUGGCCAUGAUGCUGCCGGACCCCUCCCUGGCCACCAGACGUACCUGGAGGUCUCCCUGGAAACGCUCCUACAGCCGCAGAAAACUGGCAGUGUGGGAGAAAGACCCAGACUACUGUGACACAGUGAAGAAGACCCCACCAUACAACAAGGGAACCAGACUGGUGGACCUGAUAGACAUGACUAUACUAGACUUCCUCAUGGGUAAUAUGGACCGACACCACUAUGAGACGUUUGAGAAGUUUGGCAACAACACUUUCCUUCUGCACUUAGACAAUGGGAGGGCGUUUGGACGUCACUCUAAAGAUGAACCCUCUAUCCUGACACCUCUGGAGCAGUGCUGCAGGAUCCGUCGCUCCACCCUCCUACAUCUGCGUCUCCUCUCCCUGCCCCAGUACCGUCUCAGUGAUGUCAUGAGGGACUCUCUUUCCCAUGAUCCUCUAUUCUCCGUGGCCCCCCUCCUCUCGGAGCUGCACCUCUCCGCCCUGGACCGUCGCCUAGUGACCGUGCUCCAAACCGUGAGCCGUUGCCAGGAGCGACAACGUAGUCGCCAUGGAGAAGGCGAUGAUGAUGUCAUCUAUGAUGAUGUCACUGAUUAUAAGACUUUGGUUAAACACGUGACACCUGCAGGGUAGUGUGGCCACGCCCCCUCGACAACAGCAUUUCAACCGUCUGAAGAAAUUAUGUCAUGGCGCAUCACCAUGGUGAUGAUGAUUUGUGUGUAACAUCAUUGCAUCGACAAGUCACAAGAGUGACAUACUUACACUUGGAGUUCUUGGCAUCAUUCGUUUGGCUCCUAACUGUUAGAAAGAGGAUAGCUGUGUCCGAAGUGUCACCCAAUAGUAUGUAGGGAAUAGGAUGCCUUUUCAGACACAGACUAUGUGUAGGUUUAGUGUGGUGUAUGGAUGGGAUGGGAUGUUUAAAUCACUGUGUGCAUUUAUUAUUAGGCCUCAUUAAAUAAAGCUGAUUAUUUUGUGUUAUUUAUUA